UGUUUCCAGCCGGCGGAAGAUUUUCUGCACCGGACGAAAACAAAGAUGCAGAUGUUCGUUUGGCGGGCGAUUUAUCGGCACAACAAUAAUUCAAUAAAAUCUGAAAUUGCACAAAAAUGGUCUGAUUAUAACAUUUUCGGAUUUUCCAAGCUGUUGUGAACAAUGAAGCGAAUUUAUAAGUAGAGAAGAAAUUUCGUCGCACAUCUGUCUAUGAUGGCAGGUAGGGGCAGAGGGCAGCUAACCUUCUCUGUGGAAGUUGUUGGGAUCGGUAAAGGUGAAAAUCUCCCUCCAUCCUGUGUACAGCCAACCCCUGUAUAUCCUCCACUGGAGCAGAAGCCGGUGCCACUGCAGACGGGCGAGGAGGCCGAAUACAUGCUGGCACUCAAACAAGAGUUCAGAGGAGCCAUGAAAACACUGCCGUUUUACAUCCGUCCAGCUGCACCCAAGAAAGAUGUGGAGCGCUAUUCUGACAAAUAUCAGAAAAUUGAGAUGUCUGACAACAGUGUGGAAUGGAAACCAGACUGGAUGCUUUCCAAAGAGCUGCGUGUGAGGGAAACAAGACCAGCGAAGGACAAAUGCCCAGCUGUUCCAAAACAAGCCAAACAGCCACGCCUGGACAAAGAGGAUAUCAUACGUAAACUAGAGACUUUGGAGCAAAAAGAGAAAGAGGGGAGUUCUGAUGAAGAGGAGGGAGAAAAGAAGAAGCCAGAAGAGGAAGAGGCUGAUGGAGAGGAGGAGUACGAUGAAGAGGAGCUUGAAGACGAAACGGAUUACAUCGUGUCUUACUUUGACAACGGAGAGGAGUUUGGAGGAGACAGCGACGAUAAUAUUGAUGAAGCCAUUUACUGAAGCAGAUGAUAGCUCUAUAGCGCCCUCAUUUGCACAGUGAGUGUAUUUGGCUGUUCAGUGAUGGAUCAUUUCAUCUGGCAGCUUAUGUAAAAAUCUGUAUGCAGCGGGUCUCUUUUCAUCUGGUGGCUUGGCAGGGCUGCAGAUUGCUGACGAGGAGCAUUAGAUUCUGAACGCCACAGGACUCUGAUAUCUGCACACUUUUCUCUUUAUGCAGCUAUAUGUUUUCAUAGAGCUUAGUAAUGGAUUUUUAGAGAUUACUGAAAUUGUUUUUACAUAUUUGUUAAGUUUUAAACAGUUGUAUUCAUCUAAAUGGAUUGUAUAUAUUUUUAGUAUUGUGAUAAACAACAGUAAAUGUAGAUUUAAAUGCUUGAUUUUGUUAUGAAGAUGUUUUACACUCCUGUCAUUGUACAGUUUUAUCUGUUUUUACACUGUCAUCGCUUUUAUGUAAUAAAGUCACACUUUGUGCCAAGA